CAAGCCAACCAUGCAUACAACCACUUCCACUUGAAGUGAACCUCAAGAUGGAAAUCUUCUUGCAGCUUCUUCUCUUCCUGAUGGUCUUCUCCCUGGCCCAUCCAGGUCCGCUAAAGAGCCGGAUUAUCGGGGGCCACGAAGCUGCACCCCAUUCUAGACCAUACAUGGCAGCUUUGAAGUCACAAGAUGAUUUCACAUGUGGAGGAUUUCUAGUGGCCCCACAGUGGGUGAUGUCCGCAGCACACUGCAUGGACGAAGUUACCGUGGUGUUGGGAGCACAUGACCUCCAUGCUGUUGAGGAGUCUCAGCAAGUGCUCGGCGUCGAGUCGUACCAUAUGCAUCCUGCCUAUAAUCCCAUAACGGUCACGCACGACAUCCUUUUGCUAAAGCUGAUCCACCCAGCAAAGCUCAACAAAUACGUCCAAGUUAUUCCGUUGCCUCGGUCAAAUAGCGACCUCCCGGAUGGGACCCUCUGCACGACUUCGGGAUGGGGAAUGAUUGACAGGUUGGUCAGGUCAUAUAAACUCUUCGAAACCAACAUCACCAUCUACAAUCGCCGGAAAUGCGCGAAAUUGUAUCCAGAGCUUGAUGAUGCCAUGAUCUGUGCUGGAAGCUUCAAUCAACUCCGAGAUACCAGCCAGGGGGACUCGGGAGGCCCGAUGGUGUGCAACGGCAUCGUGCACGGCAUCGUUUCCUUUGGCAAUAGCUUCCCGCCGGGCGUUUACUCCCGCAUAGCCGACUUUCUUCCGUGGAUCAAGCACAUCAUGGGAUCAGAGGUGUGAGGCAAAGCCACCAGAGAUAUUCUUUUUAUUUAAGCUUUCGCUUCCUAAGCAGCAGGCCUCGCAUUUUCCAGUCCUGCCCUCUUCUACUUGUGCAAAAAAUAAAGAAAUUGCAGCAACAGACACGACUGAA